AUGAUCCCACUGGGGGCCCCGGCCGCAGUGGAUCAUGGGAACUACCUCGCUUCAGGUAAUACCAAUGGAAGUGAAUACGACGAAGAAGAGGAAGAGGAAGAGGAGAAUGAGUAUGACGAGUCAGACUCAUUCAUCGAUGCGGAAAACGACCAUCCGCCCACGAGUUCGUUCAUUGAAAGUCAAGCCCAUCGCCUCGGGAGUGGCGAUAUGUAUGAAUCGGAAUCAGAACGUUCCACUGGCACCGUUGUGGAUGAUGCUGAGGGUGGCCGCCAUCCCAUACCGAUUGGGCUCAAUUACAGAAACAGUACACCUUACUUUGACGACGAGGCUUCUGAAGAGGAGGAAGAGGAAGUGGAAGUUUCAGAUGAAUCGAACGACAGAGGGGUGGACGAUGAAGAUUCGGAUGAAUCCGACGAAGACGCAAUCCAGACUGGACCGCCUCGUCAAGCCCAUCCACAAUAUCCACAACAAUCCCCCUGGUUCCAAGCCCCCAGCGAUGCUCCAUGGCUUGCAGCGAGGCCUCCACCUGAAACAGUUCCUGACUCAUCCGAGGAAGAGGAAUCCUCGCCGCCUGUUAGGCCUGCUAGAUCCAAUGCGCGCCGUCCCGUCCAUCAUGGGACCACUGCUCACAAUGCUAUCACCCUCGAUGAUUCCGACGAAGAUCAGCCUGUCGGUCCAGUGAGAAGAGCCACACAGAGGCGACGUGCCAGAUUCUCUCCAUAUUAA